GUGCUGAGACUUCCCUCCAGAAUCAUCCAAAAUGGAGCCUCUUACAGCUUACCCUUUAAGAUGUUCAGGGCCCAAAGCAAAGGUAUUUGCAGUUUUGCUGUCUAUGGUUCUAUGUACAGUAAUGCUAUUUCUUCUACAACUAAAAUUCCUAAAACCUAAAAUCAACAGCUUUUAUACUUUUGAAGUGAAAGAUGCAAAAGGAAGACCGGUUUCUCUGGAAAAAUUUAAAGGCAAAGAGGUUACACUAGUUGUAAACGUGGCUAGUGACUGCCAACUCACAGACAGAAAUUACUUAGCACUGCAGGAACUGCACAAAGAGUUUGGACCAUUCCACUUCAGCGUCUUGGCUUUUCCGUGCAAUCAGUUUGGAGAAUCGGAGCCCCGCCCAAGCAAGGAAAUAGUAUCUUUUGCAAGAAAUAACUACGGAGUAACAUUCCCCAUCUUCCACAAGAUUAAGAUUCUAGGACCUGAAGCAGAACCUGCAUUUAGAUUUCUUGUUGAUUCUUCAAAGAAGGAACCAAGGUGGAAUUUUUGGAAGUAUCUGGUCAACCCUGAGGGUCACGUUGUGAAAUCCUGGAGGCCAGAGGAACCCAUUGAAGUCAUCAGGCCUGAUAUAGCAGAUCUGAUUAGACAAAUGAUCAUUAAAAAAAGAGAGGAUCUAUGAAAAUACCAUUGAGCCUUUCUAAUGCAAUAGUCAGAAUACAGAAAUGUCUCCAUGAGGGUUUAGUCUCGUUUUAAAUACUCUGACAAUUAAAUGUGACACUGAAGAAUUUUUUGUUGUUGUUAUUUUACUAGUGAGUGGUAAUGAAUGUCCCCACAACAGAGAUGUUACCGAAAGCAAAAAUAAAGGGUACCCAAAGAAUCAAAAUGAAAUAAAGAAAACACUUCAUUUGACCACACUAAAGAAUUCAGAAAAUACAGUUACCGAUGUGCUUCAAUACCCUAUUGUUCAACUUGACAUUUUCUAGGAUUAUAAUGAAUAGAAAUGCCAACAUACUAGACCAUUGUUUGAUUUCAAGACUUUGUGUGUGACUGAAAUUUCUGGAGUAACUAAC